UUCUCGCCCUAUGCCGAACGGGCGCACGGGCCCUCUCCCCGACGGCUUGAGAUGUGACCAAUAGGGGUGUCGAGUCAGGAUUGACAGGCCCAGCAUCCUGUCGGCAGGAAACAUGUGCCGCGCGGCCCGCCCCCUGCUCCGGGCCGCCAGCGCCCGCCAACACCCGGCCGCGGCAGCAGGGCCAAUGCGGUGCGGGGGGCGGGCUGCGGGGCGGGGAUUGUUUACGUCUCGUUCGGGAGCUGAAAGUAGGUCACGGCCGCCCGGCGGAACGCGGCGGCGGCGACAGAUCCUGUCCACCAUGGCCAGGCGUCCUCGCAGCAGCACAGCUUGGCAUUUUGUCCUGAGUGCAGCUCGCCGAGAUGCGGAUGCCCGGGCCGUGGCUCUGGCGGGGAGCGCUAACUGGGGCUACGACUCAGAUGGGCAGCACAGUGACUCUGACUCAGACCCCGAGUCCUCAGCCCUGCCGCCACCCAUCCCCAGCGCUGUGCCCGUGACCGGGGAGUCCUUCUGUGACUGUGACAGUCCGAGUGAGGCCUCCUUCUGCAACAGCCUGCACGUGGCACACCGGGGCAAGGACUGUCGCUGCGGCGAGGAAGAUGAGCAUUUUGACUGGGUGUGGGAUGACCUGAAUAAGUCUUCGGCCACCCUGCUGAGCUGUGACAACCGCAAGGUCAACUUCCACACGGAGUACAGCUGCGGCACGGCGGCCAUCCGGGGCACCAAGGAGCUGGGGGAGGGCCAGCAUUUCUGGGAGAUCAAGAUGACCUCUCCCGUCUAUGGCACCGACAUGAUGGUGGGCAUUGGGACAUCAGACGUGGAUCUGGACAAGUAUCACCACACAUUCUGCAGCCUGCUCGGCAGGGACGAGGACAGCUGGGGCCUCUCCUAUACGGGGCUCCUCCACCACAAGGGCGACAAGAUGAGCUUCUCGUCGAGAUUCGGCCAGGGCUCCAUCAUUGGUGUGCACCUGGACACCUGGCACGGCACGCUGACCUUCUUCAAGAACAGGAAGUGCAUAGGUGAGGGCGGCUGGGCCCGGGCCCCCGGGGCCGGCAGCUGGAGCCCCAGGCCAAGCACCCCAGGCCCCCCAAGGGGCUGUCCUCACAGAAGCCUGAGGCGCCGGGAUCCCCGGCGCGAGAGUCGUCAGGGAUGUCCGUGUCCUCAGAUGCCGUCGGGGGACACGCAGCCCCCACAGGGGGCCAGAGCUCAGGCUAUGCUCCCUGCUCCCGCAGGCGUGGCGGCCACCAAGCUGCAGAACAAGAAGUUCUACCCGAUGGUGUGCUCCACCGCGGCCAAGAGCAGCAUGAAGGUGAUCCGCUCGUGCGCCAGCGUCACGUCCCUGCAGUUCCUGUGCUGCUACCGCCUGCGCCAGCUGCGGCCCGACUCCGGGGACACGCUGGAGGGUCUGCCCCUGCCGCCCGGCCUGAAGCAGGUGCUGCGCCACAAGCUGGGCUGGGUCCUGAGCAUGAGCUGUGGCCGCCACAAGCCCCCUGCGCCCUCGCCCAAGGCCAUGGCCGAUCCCGGCGGCCCUGAGACCCGGCGCUGCCAGAGGAAGCGCUGCCGACGGACCUAACUUGUUUUCCAACGAAAACUGCUUUUCCGGGCCGAGGUGGCGCGUUCUCCGUCCCUCCCUUUUGGGCCACGCUCCAGGGCAGCAGACAGGACGGAGCUGAGGUCCGUCCCUCUGCCACCCGAGGCUGGGACAGGCCCUGCGCUCCUGAAAGCAGAACCGUCCAAGGGCACCUGCUUCCUGCGUUGGGUGUGGGGGCGGCCGUCCUGGCUCUUUGGGACUGACCGCGGGCCCGGGCGGCUGUUGUGGGCUGCGGAGGACACACGUCAGGGGCGGCACCGCGGCUGCCGCCAGCCGGGGCUCUUUCUUAACUUGCCUUUUGCAUGUCGUCAGCUGCUGUUUCUCCCGUCCCAGGCUGAAAUGACCCUAAUAAACUCGGCGUUUGGGCAA